GUAGUAUUGACGUUUUUUUGUGACAUUAAUAUUUUAACCGAACCACGGUUAAAACUUACUCCUCUCUUUCCUUUCAAUGGGUUUAUAAUUUAUAAAUUCGCAGCCGAUCUUUUUGUUUCUUCAUUCACAGAGUCGUCGGCUGAAAGAUGAUGAUCGGAGAACAAUCUAGAUUCAAUCACACCAUUCAAGUUCCUCCAUGGGACCCACUUGAAGACCACCAUAUGACCGGAAUUUCCUCGCCGGUCUUCAUCUCUGGUGGGGUCGACUCAUUUAUCGACUCCUUUUCUUCCAUUCACCGUUACCUUCCCUCCGCGGCGGAUUCCGAUGAUUUGGAUGCGGUAGCUGAGGCGGUGGAUGGUUUCUCCUGUGACCAUUUUCGGAUGUUCGAGUUCAAAAUACGGAGAUGCGCACGUGGGAGGUCGCACGAUUGGACGGAGUGUCCGUACGCGCAUCCCGGCGAGAAAGCUCGCCGGCGUGAUCCGAGGAAGUAUCAUUACUCCGGUACGGCUUGUCCGGAGUUUCGUAAAGGGAAUUGCAAAAAAGGGGAUUCUUGCGAUUUCGCUCACGGGAUUUUCGAGUGUUGGCUUCAUCCAGCUCGGUACCGGACUCAGCCUUGUAAGGACGGAUUAGCCUGUCGCCGUCGUGUCUGUUUUUUCGCACACACGCCGGAACAGCUUCGGGUUCUGCCGCAGCAGAGCCCGAGAACCCCUGUUUCGGCCGAUUCUGUUGAUGGGUCAUCACGAAUUGCACACGCAUUCGAUUCCUAUUUCGCCAAAGGAUCAUUUGUGACUUCACCCACUUCAAUUCUAUCAACGCCCCCUGUUUCUCCGCCAUCCGAUUCACCUCCCCUAUCGCCGAAUUGUCCGUUUAAUUCGAUGAAUGGAUUGGUUUCGUGUAUGCGUAAUCUUCAACUUGGGAAAUCGAAAGCAACCCCUCAUUGGGGGAGGAUUCAAUUGGGGGGACAGAAUCCACUCUCUCCCUCCGGCUCUGGUUUGUACAGCUUACCGUCAACUCCGACCACCGGAAAUUACGAAUUGUGGGGGAAGAGUUACGAGGAAGAACCUGCAAUGGAGAGAGUGGAAUCUGGGAGAGACCUAAGAGCUAAAAUGUAUGCAAAACUCAGCAAAGACAACUCUGUGAAGGAGGUGGAUUCAACAUUCACACCCGAUGUCGGAUGGGUUUCGGAGCUAUUAAUGUGAAACGGGUAAAGAAAAAAGGGAAAAAAAACUUCAUCAAUCGGUGGCCUUUUGGGGUUUGUUUGUGAAUUCAUAUUUCGAUGGUGGGAUUGUGCAAAUUUUCAGCGUUUUUUUAAAAUUGUAUUUAAAUUUAAUUAGCAGGGAGAAGGAAAGAAAGAAAUUACUCUGUUUUUGUUGUAGAUAUGAAAAGACGGAAUUUUUAGGCUGCCGAGAAGUAAGGUACAUAAGGAGGUUGUUGUCGGCUGGGGUUUGAUCGAAUUUUUAAUUGUAAUAAUAUUUUCGGAUUUUCAGUAAAUGAUGUGAAGAUCUUCAUCUUGUCUGAUUAAAAUUCGAA